UCUCGGAAACCACACCAGGGUACCAGCCCGGCGCAGCCAGCGGUGUAUAUGUGGGUGCAUGCUCGUGUUUUUUUGUUGUUAUUUUCCACUUGGUGUUUCUCUUCUCGAUCAACCGUCCUCGGAGACCCUUCCCAGCUGUGAACGGAGGCCGCUUGGUUCCAUCGGCCACAACCUCCGUCUAAUGCUGCCUCGGUCGAGCAGUUGGUAGAAGUUCCCACUCGCUGAAGCCAUGGGCCAGAAGAGGACCAACGUCUCGUUGAGGCACCAGAUGACCUCGAGCCUUCGGGGUCGCCAGCUGACCGUCCAACCAGCCUCGACCAGGAAGGCCCUGCAGUUCAAGCUGGUUCUGCUGGGGCGCGAGCAGGUGGGCAAGUCGAGCCUGGUGGUGCGCUACGUCCUGGACCAGUUCACCGAUGACCUCCAGAGCACCAUCGGUGCUGCCUUCCAGAGCCAGACGGUGUGUUUGGACUCAGCCCUCGUGAAGUUCGAGAUCUGGGACACCGCCGGGCAGGAGAAGUACCACUGCCUGACGCCCAUGUACUACCGCGGUGCGCAGGCAGCCAUCAUUGUCUACGACAUCACGGACGAGGAAUCUUUCUCGAGGGCCAAGGUGUGGGUGACGGAGCUCAAGAAGCAGGUGAACACGGCGGUGGUGAUUGCUCUGACCGGGAACAAGACCGACCUGCAUCUGCAGAGGCGAGUGCCAUGUGAGGAAGCCAAGACUUACGCGAAAGAGAACAGACUCAUGUUUUUUGAGACGUCAGCCAAGACAGGAAACAACGUAGAGGAGGUCUUCCUCACUUUAGCCAAGAAGCUGGCGGAGAACAGUGAGGGGACGAUCGUGGAAGCGCGAGCCGAGACCAUUCGCAUCGACCACCCGCCAGAGGCGGAGAACACGAGGAAGGCCUGUUGCGUAUGAAGACGAAGCAUUAUCUGUUCUGCUUUGUACGUGGAACGCUGUACUUUGUAAGACUUGUCUGGUAUGUGCUGUCAGAAAGUUUGGUAAGAAUGCUAUACAGCUCGAAGUUCAUCUGGCCAACACGGUGGGUGAAUCUGGAUGGACGAGUUCAGUUUUUAUUGUUGGCCCAGCCCUUAGAAUACCCCCACCCGUAACCCCUUCACAAAACCGCAUGUUGAUACAAGAUCAUCAUUUACGGUUUCCAUGGGGUUGACGCAUUUAGUCUUGACAUAAAAAGCAUAAAUACAAUUAUCUGUAGUACAGGAAAUUCCUCACAGA